AUGGUUGCUGCGCUAUUUGCCCUGCGCCUUGUGCCUCGUAGGUUGUCUGCCGCUGUGUUGCUGUUGCUGGACGACCUCCCUGACAACAAAAUCAUCCUGGUUAGAACAGGAGUGCCCAUCAUCCAACCCGGAAAUAUGGUUGCAUUGACCCACGAUGAUAUGCAGCAAGAUAUCAAACUGGAGGGCUUUGGCCUGGCGGAUUUCGGGGCAAAUCUCAACGCAGACCAACUUAGGAUCGCUAAAGCGAGUAUUCGGGCAUAUCACGAAUGUGCGAGAUACAUGACCAAGAAAGACCAACAGACGGCUGCGACCGAACUCAAGAAAUGGGCAUUCAAGGGCGUCACACAGCCAACACAACACAAGGUCGUCCGCCGUACUGAUGAAAAGAAUAAAGUCGACCUUUGGUUUAUGGACUGCAUCUACCCGGGUAUGGUCGACUCUGCCAAGGAGAAAUUUACCGAGUAUAUCGGAGACCUGAAGGAGGAGCUUCGCUUCCUAUAG